GACCUAAUCAUUUCUGCAGCUUAGUCAUUCAAUGUCGUAACGCAGCAGGCGUGGAGAAGAAAAUAACUUCCCGGAAUGUUGUAGGAUUCUGGGACGCUACAAAGCAGGGCGAGCGAUGCCAUAACCAGCCAUUUGGUGGGUUGCUUAAGUGUGGAAAAUCCUUGAAAAUAUAGCAUCUGUUCAAAAGGAAAAAUUUUCGUUUUUGAUCAUUUUAAGAAGCCAAUCGACCCUAAAACCUUAAUCACUGAAGAACGUCAAUUAUCUGGAUCCGUACAGCUUUUAAAAAUUCUUUAUUUCAAAGUCAGACCUGUUGAUGGGGUUGGAGACGUCGUUAGUACUUUUUGUGAAUAGGGAGUAAUUAUCCUACCUGUGUUUUAUUUACGUCAUGACUUCUGGUUAUAUGCAUGUGAUGGACAGAUCUAACCGCCUGGAGAGCCCAAUUACUGCCAAUCUGGAAAAUCUACAAGCCAAAAAGAACUUCUCAGUAAGCCAUCUGUUGGACCUGGAGGAGGCAGGGGAGAUGGUAGGGACACCGAGCGACGAGACCACCGGAGAAGCGGCAAGGAGUAUGCUGGAAUCACCGGGUCUAACCAGCGGCAGCGAUACCACGCAGCAGGAAAAUGAGCAGCUGAACACAGAGGAGAAGAAGAAGCGCAAGCAGAGGCGGAAUCGCACCACUUUCAACAGCAGCCAGCUGCAGGCGCUGGAGCGCGUGUUCGAGAGGACGCACUACCCUGACGCCUUCGUGCGUGAGGACCUGGCGCGCAGGGUGAACCUAACUGAGGCGCGAGUGCAGGUCUGGUUUCAGAACAGACGGGCCAAGUUCCGCAGGAACGAGAGGGCUAUGCUCGCUAGCAAGAAUGCCUCGCUUCUCAAGUCCUACCCGGGGGACGUGACCGCGGUGGAGCAGCCCAUCGUACCCCGGCCUGCCCCCCGACCCAACGACUAUCUAUCCUGGGGCGCUUCCGCUCCCUACAGCGCCAUGGCUACCUAUCCACCAACCUGCGCCAACACUAAUACCGCCCAGGGAAUGAAUAUGGCCAAUAGCAUCGCCAACCUCCGUCUCAAGGCCAAGGAGUACAGCAUGAACCAGGUGCCUACCGUCAACUGAGGGCAAGGAGGCGGCUUCGGGGGCAGGGGAUGCUGGGAAUCGCGGUCCUCCAUGAAUAGAGGCGUCCUGAUUGGUGCACCAGCCCUUCGUCUCAAUCCACACAGGAGCCCCUCCUGCUGCCGACACGCCAUCUUUUUUUUAAUGAAUGUAUUUUUAAUAGCUUUUUUUUGUGUUGCAUCUAUUGUAAAGGAAGGGGGAUGGAAAAAAAACUAAGCGAGACUAUGAAACUUGAAACAUUUCGGAAAUUGUUCCUUGCGAGGAUCUCCGAAACGAUGUGCUUUUGAAGUUCCCCGUGACACCCAUCUGGACGUGGUUAUUAAAGUGAAUUUAAUCUGAUUUUAGGGCAAAAAAAAGACAAAAAAUGUGGAAAAAAAUUGGUCUUACUGCUUCACACUUUUGAGCGCUCAUGAGACUGCUGGGCUGUUUUGUCCAAGGCCCGUCCAUCUAAGGUGACAUCUGGACACCAUGGAUAAGACCCCUGAAGCCUGGUCCCACCAGCAGAUAUCAGUUUAUCAUCGAUGUGCGCUGAACUGGAAUAAGAUCGGACCUGACCAACGAAAACGCUUUUGGAGUUUUCGCGAUGCCGUGCUUUUCCGUGAAUGUAGCUGGGAAAGUGUCCGUGUUUAAUUUUCAUUCUUUUUUUGCGUCAUCUUCCAUUUUAUAUCACUCCCAUGCAAAAGCACGCUAUAUAUUUUGAGUUUUGUUUUCCGUACAGGCAAACCAGUGUAACCCAUUUUGUACAAAAAAGGGAAACUUUUCAGAACCCCAAACAUGGUAUUUCUUUUACUGUGUAUAUACCUUGAUUAUAUCUUUAUGUGUAACAAAAUCCUAUAUAAUAAAAAUGCAGUUGCAGAAAUACAAUGGAAGCAACUUAGAGGCGGAAUGCAUGAUUCUGCAAUUCUGUAAGACUAGUAAACAAUGCGACGUAUCACUUUCUUGUAGCUUGAAUGCUCCCGCCUCACUCUCCGUGUGAAUUCUCAGCAGUUAAUCUCGUUAAAAAUGCGACGUAACUUUCCUGGGCUGUUGCUGGCGACAGCAAUGCAGUAUUGAGGAAAAUCAGACGACUUGAGCUUUUUUUUAUAAUCUCUUCUUAGUACUAUUUCAGUGCAGAAACAGGGUCAUGCAGAAUAAAUAUCUAAGCAA